CAUUGAGAAAUUCAAAAAUACGAAGAAUCAGCUUUAAACAUCAAAUCAUCGAUCGUACAGACACUUCGACUCCCAUAUUAUACACUAGCUAUUUACUAUCAACAGAAAAACACGCCUCUUUUCUCGCCAUCUUUCUGCCGUCAUCCUCUAGCCUCUUCCGUUUGUUCGGGGGUGGGGUCGAGAAUACAUGACUUCCGAGUCCCUCUCUCCUUCAAGUUCCUGUUGAUGUUGCCUUUUUAGGCGUUGUUGAACGUAAUGCACUUUUUGGUCCUUUCCUCCUUUCGAUCUUGUCGCCUUCGAUCAUCUUGACCUUCGGAUUCGACGUUGCUUCCACCACUGACGCACCAAUUGCGCGAGCCAGCAUGGCCAACCACACCAGCAUGAUGCCUCUCAGCCAUAUCGAGACCGGGUUACCCAUAUCCACUGGGCUAUCUUUUUGUGGUCUAACCUCCUUGGUUUCUUCCGCAGCCGUGCUCUCAGUACUCGAACUGUUCCCGCUGCCGCUCUGUUCAUCCUCAUCGGCAUCCUCGGACGAGUUUACACAAGUGGUGGAGCCCAAAGUUUCCGAGACUUGAUCUGCCUCUGGACCGGCUUGCUCGUGAGCUACUGGCGGAGGAAUGAGCCCCGAUGCUAUUCGCAAGCUGUCUAGAGAGUCGCUGGCGGGAAGUGGAGGAGGGCGGUCCGGUUGUGAUAUCCUGACAUUCCCGUCGAUGUUUCCCGACGACACUUCCUCUAUCCUCCCCGUUGGUGGCAUUGUCUCGACACUGGGCUGUUGCGGAUGGUAUACCGGCGGCAUUGGAGACGUGGCCACAGGCCGAUAGUGUGCUGGCAAAGCAUCGGGCAUUUCCAUCGGGAUCCUCGCCAUGUUUUCGUACUCCAUCUGCAGAUGCAGCUCACGAGCCAUUCGAUCCAGCCGGAGCGGGCAUGAGUAACCGUUUGCCCAUUCAAUCUUGAACCGUGUCGCAUUGUGCUCGAGCACGAAGGCUGUGUGGAUAAGGUUGUUGUGUGAUGGUUGAUACUCGAAUGUGUUCUCCUUCAGCUCCCAUUUCAAAGUGUUGUACCAGAUCGAGCCCUUCGUCGAGGAGAUAUGACCCUCAAAGUUCCAGCGACUCCCCCCAGUCACGGUCUUUUCUUUGUCGAUACCCAGCCCACCGGCACCAUAUCCCAACACGUUGACAUUUGGCGUUCGAUUAACGAGCUUUCUCGUUUGGACCAAGGUUUCUCGGCCGCGGAUGUGUUUUGGGCCGUAAUGGUCGGUGAAUUUGACUGGGCAAGAGGAGCGAUGCUCAAUGCUCUGGGGGUUGGUGAAAGUCUAGAUCGAGGUACAAUAUGCCAGCUGGGUUCUGUGACUCCCCAAGUACACCCCAGCGGGAUUUGGUGAACAUGAAGCGGCAAUCAACCUCGACUUUGCCAAUGCUUCCACGGCCGGCUCGCAUGUGGGAUGAGGCUAUAUGGUCGAAUCGUUCAUAAUCGCGCCGUCCAUAUCUCCCACGCUUUUUGACCUUCAGCUCGGGUGAGGUCCAUGUGUCGUCCAUUGUUGACAUCACGAGCUUGGUUGGCUGGGUCCAAGACACGUGGGGAAUCACAAAAGCUCAACUCAGGCCUGAUGCUGCGGACUUUUCGAACAGAUGUAGCGGGGUGCUAACGAUGAUAACACAACAUUUGGGCCGCGGGGGAUUUGUGCUGGUGCAGGCUGUGCAACAUGGAUGCCUCACUUGAGCUGCACAGGCGGGUCGUCUUGAUGCGAGCCAGCUUGGCCAAGCCCCCGCGAUUCGCCAGAGAUGCAGCCUUCUCGUUUCGAAUUGGCGCUGCUUACUUUCUUCAGGGUAUGCUGCGGAACAGCGUCUCAUGGGCUCUCGGCAAGGCUGCGAGACGCUCCAUGUAGUGCCCACCCCCCCGCAUGGCAUCAAGACAGAGUUUUGCAAAGACUUUGGAAGAACGCAGCCAGCAGAAAUAGGCAUAGGAAGGCUCUGAUACUGGCCGUCACGGUCUAUCUCUUCGUGCUUCUCCUUUCGGCCACUCUGUUUGCGCCAUGUCGGGGUCAUCCUACUCAGACGAUAGCGUCGACCAGGAUGAUAUCGGCGACAGUGAGCAUUAUCAUGAAGAUGAGAAUGAAAGACAAGGCUUGUCUUCUACGACGGUUCGCAACGGCAGCGUAGCACCAAGAGCCCCUAAACAUGGGAAGUUCUAUGGCCUGCCACCUCGUCAACAGCAGCAGCCGGAGCGGCCGCGGCGACCAAAGCGCUCAGCACAAGAUCAAGGGGGACAGGAUUGGGAAACGGGACGUCAACGGCAACAGGCGAGCUCUGCUUCACGGGAACGGCGCCGGUCUCCUUCACCGCUUUCUUUUCCAAAUUCCCCAUCGCCUCCGCGUCCAACCUGGGUACAAAAUCUAGGCAGGGCAAAUACUUAUAUCUCGGAGGCGAGGGAACGAACUACUGGGCCGGUGAACUACUGGGAUCAGAUGGGUCACGAGGGCCCCGAGCAACGCAAUCGGUCCCUUGUCACGGUUCGGCCAGUAUCUAGAGCAAGACGAAGGCCAGCACAAGAGGAACCAACGGCACACCAGUCUGGCAGGGAACCACGUACAGGUCACUUACAUGAGGACCCCUUCAACGUCGAAACUCGUACGAGACCGCCUGUUCUGCAACUUCGGACGCAACCACGACGAGAACAGUCUCGCAGAAACCGACGGAUUCCAGAUUUCAGACCGCCCCCUUACGAGUAUGUGCCUACUUAUUUACAGGACCGCUCAACAUCAAUAGGAGAAACAUUUAGCCAGAGCUCGGAAUAUUCAGAUAUAAGCGAUGAGGGCCAGGAAAGCCAGCCAUCAAAUCACGAUGUUUAUGAGAGACCUGUUGACCUCGUUCAUGACCCCUCACAAUCAACCAAAAAUAUGACGAUCCGGCUCGAGUUUGAUAUCGAAGAAGACUGGGACACUGAUCUCGAGGAGUUUUGCCGACUCAGGCGGCUCGGUCGGUUCAAAGACGCGCAAGAAUACUUCAAGCAAAACCUUGAACGCUACAGCACCAUCCCGUACAUCCGGGUUCAGUACGCAGAAAUGCUGGUUUCAUCUGGAAACUUGAAGCUAUUCCGAGAUAUGCGGCUACUGCCGGAAUUUCUGCCUCCUGUCGGAGAGGAGAGUAUGGAUGAGCUGAACAGAGGCAAGCUGGCAGCGAACUAUGCUCUGCUGGAUCUCUUGUCGCAGCGGCACUUUCCAAACUACAUACAGAUGGCGUGGCAGAUUGUGGAAAACACGCUGAAAGCCCUCAGCACCGAACAAGUCAUAGGAUCAACAGAGAUACAACUACUGAGUUUGUGCCUGCGGGUGUUGCACCGCUUGGAGGCCUGUACGCAUGAAGGCAUUGUUGACGUGCCCAAGAUUUACGCAAAGCAUCUUUUCGAUUGGAGCCGCCUUUAUCGCGAGAUCACCGCAGAAGAUAGCAUCUGGGAUGCCAGAGAUCUUUUGGUGGCUGCCACAUCUGUGUUUGGCUGGCAGGACAUGUCAGUCAUGUUUUUCGGGACCAGUUACCUUCCCAAAAUUAUGGAGUUAAUUUCCAAUGACUGGAUUCGGACAAGCUACGACGAACCAUCGGCGUUGGGUCUCCUUGACCUUUUUACCUCACUGAUACUUCAAGAUCACAACAAGGAAAUGGACGUUCGCAACCACCUUUUACUCGAAUAUGCCACGAUCUUAGCACGCUCCAUUCAAGACCACAAUGAGGGGUUCAUGCGAAGCAGGCCCUUUCUACAAUGGUUACUUGUCAAAGCAGUGCUCGAGAAGACGGCUGCUCCAGAGCGACCUGACGGGAUUCACCUCAAGGACUUUGACGGUCUCGAGCUCAAACAAAAGAACGGAAUACAUUUGCCCAUCUAUAUUCCGAAAAACGGGCUGGAAAGGCCUUCAUGGGACAUGUUCUUCACUCGAUCUAGCCCAGCACAACGCCAUACCGCAGAAGUUGUGGUAGCCACCGCCGAUGCCAUUGGAGACUACUUCCUCAAAGCAGAGGCCUUGAAAAUCUUGAUCCUUUUUUCCCAAAACCCGGGAAGGUCCAUGUCAGAUCUCUGUCGCCUCCAGCUCGAGAUCCAGGGGGAUACUGAAGGCUACCUCGCCACGCGACUGUCGACUUAUUUGCUCUUGAACGAGUCGAAUGAGCUGCAAGACUUGGGAAUAAGUCCCACCAAUUUUGAUCCCACAAGGAACGAGAAUUGUGAAAAUGCAACACUAAGAUGGGCCAGCGCUGUUCUUCCUGCGCAAACCCUUCUCCGUUCCGAUAUUCGCGAGGAUAAUCGGCAGCCUACCCCUCAAAAUGAAAACCUUUCAUCCGAACUUCUUCAGGCAGCCUUCAACGUGUGUGGCCCAAAGCUUCCGUCUUAUAUCGUAGAUUUCGCAAGACAGAAGCUUCAACUCGACGCCCCCUCGAUAGUCCCGAUGCCGAUGCUGGCAUUACACAACCCGACCGACGAUAAGCCAACAGCAGAUAAGGCCAGAGACAAUGUUGACGGCAUUCCGAGAUACAGUCCCUUCAUCUCUGGACAACAACAUGCUUCAGGAUAUCCGUAUCCCUUCAUCUACCCAAAUCCCAACUACCCAGCUCAUAACGAUCCAUUUCUUAGCCACCAGCCUUCCAACUACCCAUACUCCAACUACCCAUACUCCAACUACCCGACCGCGUACGGACAGCCACAAAAUCCAAAUGCCGUGUAUCACAAUGUUGCUCCCUAUGUCGGGACAUAUCCUUGGCUACAACGACCCGGGCCCGCCAACGUUGCCGGGACACCGAACCCCUUUGACUUUUACACUCCAUCGGCGCCAGCGCCGCCGCCUGCUUCCGGGAUGCCGUCCCAAGACUGUCAGACAAAUCAACCUCCAACGGCGCCUAACGGGGUGUGGCCGGACGUGGAGGUGGCUGGAUGGCCUGCUACGUGGCAAGAGGAUGCUCAACGUCUUGCAAACUCUCGGCCCCCUCCUUCAACCGACGACGAGGACGUCACCAUCAGGGUGAAAGGUCAUCAGACUCGGGUUGGCGGCGACGCGCAGGCGAGUUCGGACAAAGUUUCACAGUGGCUAUUUCCGGGAAGUGAUGGAGCACCGAAUAUUGGCAAGAAGGACCCUAAUGAGCAGUCGAUCCCUCCACCAUCCGGAAAGCCUGCUGUUCCUGGUGACAGUGCGCCCAAAGUCAACAGUUCGACUCCUGUCAAUGAUAAUGUGGCUCCCGAAACAAAAGAGGGCGAUCCUGGCCAAGCAUCGAAGCCUGUUGCACCAGAGACCACUGAUGCCAAUGGCGGCUCGAACGUGAAUAGGGGAGAUCCGGGCCCAAACACUGGGAUACGUAGGCGGCACACUGUGGAUGUCUUACCGGAACGCAGUCAUGCUAAAGUGAACAAGACGGCUGACACCGCGAAUGGUAUCAUUCCCGAAGAAAACAACCCUUCUGGCAGCCUGGAGGCCGAGGAUAAUGGUGACAGUGUCGAUGAGAAGCCGAGUUUCGAUGUGGAAGAGGGCUUGCCCAAGCUUAGCUUCCCUCCAGGUCUUCUCAAAGGGCACAAGUUGACGGUCAUUCUCGAUAGCAAGGACGAUCCUCAGAAGGUCAAGGCGUAUGUCAUCGACGUAGAAGGCGUGCAUGAGACCCCAGUAGUGCGCCCUACAACUGGAGAGCAGCACCGGUCCAGGACGAAAAUUCACGUCAAAUCCGGUUCCUAUGAGGUUGCCGAUGCAGGAAAUGAAUCGGGCGAGUCGACUGUAAGGAUAAGCAGAAGCAGAAGCAGGGAAAAGGGCAAAGCUAGAGACACCAGCGAAGCGCCACCGAGUUAUCCAGAGGGCGGUGUCAAGGAACACACGACUAUACACGGCACCGUGCGGCCCCACGUUGUUUUGGAUGAUUUUGUCACCCAGCCGCCACACGAUAAACUGUCGAAACCGACAAGGAAGAAUUCGGGGUUUGGAGGUCCAGCCGGAGAAGGUCCAUCGAGACGGCAGAGCAUGUCCAAGCCAAGGUCUAGCAAAGAGGAGCAGGACAAGUUGGCAAAGUCUGUCAACAAGAGAGCAAAGAAGGCUGCCCAGAGGUUUUCAUCUCUUGGUCCCGCUCCCAGUCCGGCCCCCAGUCCGCCGCCUAGCCCACCGCCCUCUGGUUCGCGACCGCCACCUGACAGGCCUGUGUAUAUCCCCGAUGCCGAUCCCGACACGGGCGCUAUCCCCGAGAACGACGAGGGUGCUGGUGAUGGCGUUGGCGGGCAUGAGCAUCAAGACGGAGAUCAAGGACAGGCGCAGGACCAGGAGCAGGGGCAUGGACAAGCUCCAGAGCAGAAACAAGACCAUGUUCAAGAAGAGACCCAAAGUCGGAACCAACGGGAAAGGCAGUACUACAAUCAAGGUCCAGACCGGCAACAAAACGAGCAACUAGGCGAGGGCAUCCGAGUCUAUUGUUCAGGCAACCCCGCAGAUCCCACCAUCCCGACCACCAACUCCUCUGCGCAAACUGCGCCCUCCCCCGGGAAAACAUCCCAUCCCGACAGCCACGACAGCACAGAUGAAGACUGGGAGACCCAGAGCAUAGACGGCGACGAAGCUGCUGGCAGCUACGAGGCAGUGUUUGAAGCCUUUUCUGACGAGGACGCAGACGAAGACGAGCAGGCGACCCGCAAAGAGGUGGAGCAGAUGCUGAACGACAUGCAAACCGCCAGAAAGAGGAGACAGGAUGCGGAUCGGGCAGAGGAGGAGUGGUUGAAGGGACGGCUGGAGCGUCUUGCUGCUAAGGAGAAAGAGGAAGAGGAAGCGAAGGCGAAGGGGAAGGGGAAGGGGAAGGGGAAGGAAAAGGUUGCGGUGGUGGAGGAACUGGAGAGCAUCUCUUCUGUGAUGACGGAGGAUGAGGAACGGUUUAGGUGGGGUGAGGAGCCGAGGUCGCCUUUGAGGAGUUUGAAGAGGAAGGGGAGGGGGAUUAAAAGGUUAGCAGACUUUGUUAAGCGGGGAUCGGGGUAG